CGGGGAAAGCCUCCGACGACUACUUCCGCGACGGCGGCCAUCAUCUCCGAGCACGGCCGCCGCGUCCUGGCGCAGCGCGGAAACGGUCAAUUCGUGCCGCGUCCUCCCACCUACCUCCACCAGUCCACCAGAUUUCUAACGCGUGGAAGGGGGAGCCAUGAAGAACCUGUUCUGCUUCCGCGGCCGAGCGGCGAAGAGGACGCCGAUGGCUGACUGGUGCGUGUUCUGCGACAUCGCCGGCGGCGCCCCCGGCUCCACCACCGCUCUCCUCUACUCCGAUGACAAGGUCGUCGCGUUCCCGGACAUCGACCCGUCUGCGUUCAGGCACUAUCUUGUCAUACCCAUCGAGCAUAUACCAACUAUAAAUGAUCUCCGAAUAACCAACGAACAUCACCAGUUAGUUAGUCACAUGGUGAAGGUGGGAAAAGAUUUACUCGAUCGAGAUGCUCCCAUAUCUGAGGAACAUAGAUUUGGUUUUCAUCAGCCCCCAUUUAAUAGUAUUGAUCACCUUCAUCUUCACUGCCUGGCACUGCCAUUUAUGCCCAGCUGGAGGCAAGUAAAAUAUACACCAUUGGGUCCCCUGGGGGGUUUUAUUGAUGCCGAGAAGCUAUUGGAAAAAAUAAAACCGCAAACAGAAGCAAACAGUUAAUAACAACAUUUCCCUAUUAUUCCUCCUAUUAGCACACAUUUUCUUUUUUUGCUUGCAUUAUCAUUUGUAUAUAAUUUGCAUCGCAAUCACUAUUUUUGAAUCGCUGUUAAUUCAGAAUACUUGGUCUGUAAUGCUAUGCUGAAUUAACCUGAACAGUUGUGGAAGCUGAACCAUUUUUUUUCU